CGGGGGCGGACGCGCUCUGCCGCGUGGAAGUCGCUCUGCACUGCGGUGUCUACCUUGCGCACCUGCCCCGCGCGCCCCCGGGUGGGCGGUCGGUGUGGCUCUUACCUGCGGGGGCAGAAGGGCGGUGGGGCCGCGGGAGGGACCCCCGGAGAGCCCAGAGCGGCCGCGAGAUGGCCUCGGUGGUCUUUGAGGACGUGGCCGUGGACUUCACCCCAGAAGAGUGGGCGCUGCUGGAUCACACUCAGAGGGGGCUCUACAGAGACGUGAUGCUGGAGACCUGCCGGCACCUGGCCUCUGUGGAGUGUUACACUCAAGCUCAAACCAAUGGAUCCAGUCCUCCAUGGGAUAUUUUGGAGAAUGAAAUACCAAGACGAGGGAAAAUAGUAAGUGUUCCAAGAAAUGAUUCCAUGUGUAUUUUUGGAGAAAAUCGGACAUUUUAUAACAUUGGAGAUGAGCCCCAAGUCCAGGAGAGGCAUUUGAGAAGCCAUUUCUUGGAGGGUCUCUGUGAACGUGAUGAAGGUAAUCAACGUGGAGCAGCCCUGAAUCAGGUUCCAAGUCUCCUUGUGCAUGAGCAUUAUCCUACUGGAGAUAAACCCUAUGAAUGCCGACAUGUGGGAACACAAACUGGAGCGAAGCCCUAUGAAUGUAAAGAGUGUGGGAAAGCCUACCGUUGUUCCUCAUCCCUACGAAGACAUGCGAGAACGCACACCAGAGAGAGGCCCUACGAGUGCCCACAGUGCGGGAAAGUCUACAGUUCUUCCUAUUCCCUCCAAGGCCACGCGACAGUGCACACCGGGGAGAAGCCAUACAAGUGCCAGCAGUGUGGGAAAGCUUUCAGGCGGCUUCAUCAGUUUCAAAGUCACACAAGGUCACACAGUGGAGUGAAGCCCUAUAAAUGUAAGGAGUGUGGAAAAGUCUAUAGUCAGUCCUCAUCCCUUCAGAUACACACAAGGAUGCACACCGGGGAGAGGCCCUUUGCAUGUCCGCACUGUGGGAAAGCCUUUAGUCGUCUCUCCUCCCUUCGAGGACACCUGAGGACGCACACUGGUGUGAAGCCCUAUGCGUGUGGGGAGUGUGGGAAAACCUUCAGAUAUCCUGCAAGCUUGCGAGGCCAUGUGAUGACCCACACUGGAGAGAGGCCCUAUGAGUGUAAGGAGUGUGGGAAGACGUUCAGGUAUCCUUCAAACCUGCGAGCCCACAUGAGGACACACACUGGGGAGAAACUCUUAAUACAGGGAGAGUGGGAAAGCCUGCAUUCCCCUACAGCCUUGUCAUGAGAGCAAACCGGAGAAAACACUUAGGAAUGGACAGAUUGUUGGAAAACCUUCAGUUGUGAACUUCGCCCAUGCUGUAUGUGAAAUCGUCGGGGCCAGGCAGAGGCCUUCAGUUGUUUUAAUUAUGGUUUUGUCUUUGUAAGGGCCCCAUCCUUGAUUCCUAGUAUCACUUUAUAAUGCAUGCUCCAGAUACGAACACUUUUGUAAUAUGUAUUCCUUUGUGCCCCCUUCAUCUUCACUACAUAUAUUUUGUCUCUUGGACUUUCAAUAAUUGUACAGUAUCACAAAACGUGGUAUUUCCAUUACAAUGUUUUGGACCCAAAUUAGAUGGGUGUUUUUUGUAUUUUGGUCUUCUUUUAUACAACUUAAUAUAAUUUUAGAUGAAGAGUGUUUUGAAUCUUCUUUUCUGUUAUGUUCCUAGUAUUUGAUCAUGAUAUGAGAUCUAUUUUGAAAUUCCUGUUCUGGCCCACUGUUGUAGAUACUGGAAUUUCCUGCCAAAAUGUUCACCUUCCCCUUCAAUCUUUAUUAUUGAAAAAUGUAUCUUCCACAUUGGCUUGUUGCUACUAGAUACCGCAUGUGUGUUCCUCACAGCAAUUACUAAUUGUGGAAAGAUCUAGAAAGUGGACAGUCUCUUCUGAUUAUGUUCAUAAUUUGUCUUCUGCUCAUUGUCCUUAAUCUUGCAGAGAAGUUGGACACCGUGUAUUGAAUUCAGAAGAGAGACAAGGCAUGAAUAGUAAAGCUAGUGUCCAGAUGGUUCUACUGAGUUGUGUAGUCCGCUUGGGUAUGGUGGGAAACUACAUCCCAGUGUGCUUGUGUUUAUGGCUCUUAAGUUACAUUCAUAAGAGGAAGAUGCAUGAAGUUUGGAAAGCAGAAGUGGAGAAGCCAUGAUUCUCUGUUCUGUACCACCAGGAGACAGAGAUGCAUGGGAACUAGGUGGGCCCUGAGUACAGCACAUGGUCCCAACUCCUGGCCCUGCCCAUGUGGAACAGAUUCCCAGCAAGCACAUGUUUCAUGUCGCCUCUUAGGCACCAGCUUCUCAAGCUUGUUCCAGAAGAUCCCUCCUGAAGGACCCUUCUGUUUCCAGGUCCACACAGGUCCUUGCACUUUCCUGUAGCUCUUCGGUGUUCCUCAGACCUCUGCAGGCUGUCACACUGAGCAGCGUCUGUCAUCCUGUGACUCUGCUGAUCGCCAACACUUCUACUUACAUGAUUUCUCUGGACGUCUUUUCCUGGUGGUGGUUGCUCGAUAAUGCUGUUGCCCAGCAAUGUUCCCUUGAAUUAUUCCACUGGAUGAAAAUGGGCCACGCCUUUGUCUUUUCAUUCAGACUUGCUGUGAUUCAGUUACCUGCCACCAACUGAGAAAGUGCUUCUCAGAACCUGAUCCUGAAGUCGUGGAGGGUUUGGAGGCGGUCAGUCUGCCCUGUGCUGCGUACUUCUAGGAGACGGCCAAUCACGGGAAGAUAAGAACUACACAGAUAUGCAAUCAUAAAUAUGUUUGCCUUCUGAAGUGUCGAAUCCAGGACAGAGGAACACUUCUUGGAUAUUCAAGUCAUCCAGUAGAGGGUGAGGCUCUGACAGUCCCAGUUCCUGGAAUUGAGUGGCACAACCUGAGAGUGAAGGAAACAGAAUCUUCAUGAACUUGGAGCUGGUAAUGAUUUCUUAACUAUGACACCAAAGUACAAGCAACAAAAAAAUGGAUACAUUCAACUUCAUCAAAAUUAAAAUGGUACACCAAAAGAUCCUAUCGAGAGAGUAAAAAGACACCGGAAUGGGAGAACUUAUUUGUAAAUCAUAUAUGAGAUAAGGUUUGCAUAAAGAAGAUGAUGCCAGGGUUCUCGUUAGCAGAGUCAAAGAAUGAACUUCGUGAACAGAGAAGGCAGAUUUACAGAGAGUUUUUAUUUCCGGUACAGAGGGAGAGCUUUAUUCAGGAUAAGAAAGAGAAAGAGUGUGGAACUCCCCUCAGGUGCAGGGAGGGGAAGGUUGCCCCUGGGACUCUCCGUGUCUAGGUUUUAUGCUUGCUGCAGUGGGAGUUUGCUAUAGAUUCAGCCAGAAUGCUAAUUAUAUUAACCUCUCCGUCUGUGAAGGUUUCCCGGAUACCCUAUUGUAAGCUAAUGGGCCUACAGGACUAUGGGCAAUGAGCUGUUCUAUACCAGUGGGUCCCGAUGGGGAAUAAAUUGUUACAUUGUU